UACCCAAAACAGCUGAAUAUUCAGCCUCUUCAUCUAAUUCUUCCUCAUUUUUAAGUCCUCUAUCUUCCAAAACAUGUUUAUUUUAUCCCACAAUAGUUUCAUUUUUUAUUUCUUUUUCUAAUUAUUCUGCCUUCUAAAUUUAUUCUUUGUUAAAAUUAGACAAAUCUAAUCCAGUAGUAUAAUAUUCGUCUCUAUAUGUAUCUUUUAUUCCAUAUUUGAGCUCAUUGACUUUAAAUUAAUCAAAUUUUUCGGUUGUUUGGUUACCUUUUUCUUCCAAAAUUUAAUAAUCGUAUUCCAAAAAAUCUAUUUUUUAAAAUUUCCUGUCAUUGUUUUCAAUACUUUGGGAAAUUUCGCUGUCUGUCUUAUGUUUUUUUUAUAUUUUAUCUGUUAUAUAAGGUGGACAAGGAACAUUUUCAGCUAAUAUAUAUGCAAAAUCAUCCUUUUUUAAUAUUUUUGUGGGUAAAUUAUAAUCCUCACAAUGGUAAUUUUUCAAUAUAAUACUGUAGUUUUAUGGAUUAAUUGUAUAAAAAAUUCCGUUUGAUGUUUUUGAGUUUAAAAGUUU